AGUUGAUCUGCAGCAAAAAUGCAUCGCUAUAUAUUUCCAGUUAUCACCCUUUUUUCUCUCUUUGAAAUUGCACUUUCCUGUCGUUCCCAUGAACAUGCUGUGGCACGAAAAACUGGAGACAUAAUGCUUGGAGGGAUCUUUCCCAUUCACAAUGGAGUUUAUAACUUAUUAGAUCGUCCUUAUCUAGAUGAAUUUACCUGUAGAGGGUUGCAGUUGGGAACCAUGGUUGAUGUCUUGUCCAUGAUCUAUACAAUUGAGAAAAUCAACAAUUCCACUCUUUUGGAAGGAAUCAAACUGGGCUACGAGAUCUAUGACUCGUGUUCUGACCCCCUCAAAGCUGUUCAGUUAACGCUGAAGCUACUGCCAGAGAUCUUUUCUAUAAACAACUCAACGCAAUGCAAUGGCACAGAGAUUAUACCUGCCAUUAAAGCUGUUGUAGGGGAGGUGUUUUCCGAGACUUCCAUCGCCAUAGGAAGAAUAUUGAGCAGUUACUUCAUACCACAGAUAAGUGGCGCAUCAUCGGCUGAAGUUCUAAGUGAUGAAAUUAAGUUUCCAUCUUUUCUUCGUACUGUUCCUCGAGACUACUAUCAAACCAAAGCAAUUGUGGAUCUGAUCAAAACAUUCAAAUGGAACUGGAUUGGAAUAAUUGCGAGCGAUGAUGAUUACGGGCGUCCUGCUCUUAAUUCACUGAACUCCCACUUCCAAGAAAAUGGAAUAUGUCCAGCCUUUUUGAGGACAGUUUUACCCUUUGAGAAUUAUCCAUCCAUGAAGAAUCACUUAAAAAAUGUUAUCAAUGAUCUCAAAAACAGUACAACAAAUGUGGUAAUUGUCUUUGCCAAAGGCCCUGUUGUAGUUGAGCUAUUAACAGAAGCAAUCCAUCAGAAUAUAUCUAGAACUUGGAUUGCAAGUGAUGGUUGGAUCAACUCCAAUCUAAUAGCUAGUGUGGAAGGUAUUGAAAAUGUGGGCACAAUAUUUGGAUUCACAUUUUCAGGUGGUUUAGUUCCUGGACUAGAAGACUAUCUUAGAAAUCUUUACCCCUCUGGAGAUGGAACAACAAAUGAAUUUCUGUAUGAAUAUAAAACACUGCGAUUUGGAUGUACAGAAGAGUAUAAGGAAUAUCUAAAGUGUUUGAACUCAACUUCAAAAAAUUGCCCUGUUCCUAAAUUAGAGGUAGACAAGUCUCCCUUAGCCUGUACGAUGGAGGAUAUCUCUUUACAAAAUGACGAUUAUUUGGUACAGAAUAUAGAAUCUGGUACAGUAUAUUCCACAUCCCUGGCUGUUACAGCUAUAGCGCAAGCACUGAAGAAUAGAGUCUGCAGAAAUGGAACUUGUGACAAAGAUCUCCAAGUCUCACCACGUGAGCUCCUCAAAGAACUGAAGAACAACAACUUUACCUAUAAUGGUGAAACGUUCCACUUUAAUACAUUUGGUGAAGUGCUAAAUGUCUAUGACUUGUAUAAUUGGCAAACUAAAAAUAUGUCUGUUGAAAUGAUUCGCAUUGGAGAAUACAACACAGUCAAUCAAAAUAUACACAUAAAUCAAAGUCUUCUUGUUUGGAACAAUAUCAACAGCUCGGUCCCCUUUUCUAACUGUACAGCAACAUGUAAGCCUGGAUAUUACAAGAAACAUUCAAUUAUCACCUGCUGCUAUGAAUGCAUUGCAUGUGCGAAUGACACUUAUUCCCCCAUGCCGGACAUGGUUCAAUGCUUAACGUGUCCUUAUCAUCAGUGGUCAGCCAAUGGAAGCUCACGGUGUGAAAAUAGGACGAUUCAAUAUCUAAAGUGGAGGGACCCAUUCGCCAUAACAUUGGUGACUUUUACUUCCUUGGGAAUUGCAGUCCUGCUCCUGAUAGGAUUCCUUUUUGUUAAAAAUGCCAACAAUACCACUGUAAAAGCAGCAGGCGGCCUCUAUGCCUACCUCCUGAUUGUUUCUCUAAUUAUCAGCUCUGUCAGCAUUGGGCUUUUCAUUGGAAAACCAAAUCACCUACUCUGCCAGAUUAGACAGCCGCUGUAUGGCAUCAGUUCCACCAUUGCUGUCAACUGCAUACUAAUUAAAUCAGUUUUGAUCUUCAUGGCAUUUGAGUCAGCCAAAAAGAGCAAAUGGAUAGGUAACUUCACUUGUCAGCGCUCGAUCAUUGUUGUAGCUGUAUUAACUGGUGUUCAGGUUGGUAUUUGUGUAGUGUGGCUCAUUCUGAAAGGUCCCUCUUCUAAAUCCGAUAACACCAUACCUCAGCUGAUCACCCAGUAUUGUGAUGAAGGAUCUUAUGUAGCCUUUGGCAUCAUGUUGGGCUACACUUGGUUGCUUGCCUUGGUUUGCUUCCUUCUUGCUUACAAGGGGAGACAAUUGCCAGAGAGAUACAAUGAGGCUCGAAGUGUCACAUUCAGCAUGCUUGUUUACAUGUUUGUGUGGAUUGUCUUCAUCCCUGUCUACGUGAACUCCACGGGUGCGUACCUCUACGCUGUGCAAAUAGUAGCCAUCCUGUGUUCUGUCUUUGGAGUCAUGGGCUGCCACCUCCUACCGGUGUGUUAUGUUGUAGUCUUUAAACAAAACAACAGGGUCAACUGGAAGAGCGGCACAAUGUUUUUUUCAACAAUAAAAUCAAGAACUGUUUCAUUUAUAACAAUAAAUCUCUGCAACAGAAAUAGCACCUAGAUGACAUCAUUGCCACAAUUUCUACACAAAUGGUAUCAACUUGAACUGAGGAAGUAACAAUUUAAAGCCACUAAACACAUUUUAUUUGGUGAAAUUAAAUAAAGUACAGUGCCUUGAAAAACUAUUUAUACCCCUUGACAUUUUCCACCUUUUUUCAUAUUACAAUCAAAAACUUUAUGUAUUUUAUUGGGAUUUUAUGUGAUAGACCAACACAAAGCAGCACACAAUUGUGAAGUGGAAGGAAAA